AUUACUGUCUUUCACAAUCGUCAAGAUAUUUCUCUCUCCAUCUUCAAGUAUAUAAGAUAGAUUGUAGUUUUAAAUUGUAUUAGACGACUGGGAAUAUGAGGUUCAAAAUGAGACAUUUAUAUAUUCUACCGUUGCUGUUUUUAGUAGUGAAAGCAGCAAAAAAUACCAAAGAUUUAGAUUGGUGGGAGAAAACUAUAUUCUAUCAAAUCUAUCCAAGAUCUUUUAUGGAUAGCGAUGGGGAUGGAGUCGGAGAUCUUAAUGGUAUAACAUCCAAAUUAGAAUAUUUAAAAGAACUCGGCGUAGGAGCGACAUGGUUGUCCCCGAUGUUUAAAUCACCAAUGUAUGACUUUGGUUAUGACAUUUCUGAUUUUUAUGAUGUUCACGACGAGUAUGGAACUAUGGAAGAUUUCGACAACUUAAUGGCGAAAGCUAACGAAUUGGAUAUUGAAAUUGUACUUGAUUUUGUACCGAAUCAUGGAAGUAACGAGAGCGUUUGGUUUGAAGAGGCUCUAAAAGGCCAUGAGAAAUAUUUUGAUUAUUUUGUAUGGGAAGAUGGAGUAGUCGACGAAAAUGGAGUAUUACAUCCCCCUAAUAACUGGGUUAGCGUAUUCCGUAAAAGUGCUUGGGAAUACAGAGAAGAAGUUGGUAAAUAUUAUCUCCACCAAUUCGUUAUUGGUCAGCCUGAUUUAAACUACAGGAACCCAGCUGUUGUUGAAGAAAUGAAAGAUGUUAUACGUUUCUGGUUGAACAAAGGAGUAGCUGGUUUCCGAGUUGAUGCUAUAACACAUCUAUUUGAAGUAGAUAAGGAAAAAUUUGGUGGAAAAUAUCCUGAUGAACCAAUUUCUGGGAAUUCUGAUGAUCCUGACAAUUACGAUUAUUUAAAUCAUAUAUAUACUAUAAAUCAAGAUGAAACAUACGACAUGGUUUAUCAAUGGCGGGAUGUCUUUGACGAGUUUAAAGAAAUGGAUGGUUUAACUAGAGUAAUGAUGACUGAAGCUUAUGGAAGUCCAGAUAUUAUAAUGAGAUAUUUUGGUGAAGGAGAACGGGAAGGUGCUCAUAUGCCAUUUAACUUUGUUCUGAUAUCGGACGUCGAUGGAUCAUCAUCGGCUGCAGAAAUUAAAUAUGCUAUUGAUAAAUUUCUAACAUUUAAACCAAUUGACAAGAUGUCUAAUUGGGUCGCUGGAAACCAUGAUAAAAGUAGAGUUGCUUCGAGAUUUAGUCCAGAACUGGUUGAUGGUAUCAAUAUUCUUGUUCUUUUACUACCCGGCGUAGCUGUUACCUACAUGGGUGAAGAAAUUGGAAUGGAAGAUGGGUACGUGAGCUGGGAAGACACAGUGGAUCCCAGCGGCUGCAACACUGACGAUCCCAUAAACUAUUGGACUGCCUCCAGAGAUCCUGAGCGCACACCUUUUCAAUGGAGUGCCGAUAAAAAUGCAGGAUUUUCUACAGCUGAUAAAACUUGGUUGCCAGUAGCUGAAGGUUACGAAACUCUGAAUGUUGAAGUUCAACGAACAACGGAAAGGAGUCAUCUAAAUGUGUACAAGGCCUUGGCUAAACUGAGAACAGAGCCUGCAUUUAGUCACGGACGGUACGAUUCCGUCGCGCUCAAUUCAGACGUUCUGGCAUUUAAAAGGUGGCACGAUGGUGAGAUCUACGUAGCGGUUAUUAAUUUCAGAGAUGAAAUUUACAAUUUAGACUUGACCUACUUUGAAAAUGUCACGGGGAAACUGGAAGUCAUCGUCACUAGCGUCCAGUCUGCGAAGACUAAAGGGGAUGUGGUCGAAGCUGAAAAUACACAAAUUUAUGGACGCGAAGCCUUCGUAUUAAAAGUAGUCCAAUGAAAUUUAUAACAUUUAUUUUCAUUAUUAAUAAAGAAAACAAAAAU